UAUAACCUACGAAAUCCCAAGAUUUUGUCUGCUUCGCUUCCAUGGCGGCCACCACCACAACCAGCUUCUCCUCUUCCCUCUCACUCAUCCCUAAACCAAACAACCCUUGUACCAAUAAACUUCUCUCUAUCCUCCCAAAACCCUUCCUUAAACCUUCCCCUCUAGCUCUCUCCUCACCUCCUUUACUCGUCCAUGGAGUCUCCCAGUAUUUCUCUUCUGACUCCUCGCUCUCAAGAACCGAAGACCAUUAUCUUCCCUCUUUCGAUUACAACGACGAAGACGAAAAGCCUCGUGAGGAGUGCGGCGUCGUCGGAAUCUACGGCGACCCGGAAGCUUCCCGUCUCUGUUACUUAGCUCUCCACGCGCUUCAACAUCGUGGUCAAGAAGGUGCAGGUAUUGUAACAGUUAGCGACGAAAAAGUUCUUCAGACCAUAACAGGUGUUGGGUUAGUCUCCGAGGUUUUCAACGAGUCCAAACUCGACCAAUUACCCGGCGAAUUCGCCAUCGGUCAUGUCCGUUACUCCACCGCCGGAUCCUCCAUGCUCAAAAAUGUCCAGCCUUUCGUCGCCGGGUACAGAUUCGGGUCAAUCGGCGUUGCACACAAUGGCAAUCUGGUGAAUUACAAGCAAUUGAGAGCUAUGCUUGAAGAGAACGGUUCGAUUUUCAAUACCACCUCUGAUACUGAGGUUGUGCUUCAUUUGAUUGCGAUCUCUAAAGCUAGACCCUUUUUCAUGAGGAUCAUCGAUGCUUGUGAGAAGCUUCAAGGUGCUUACUCGAUGGUGUUUGUUACUGAGGAUAAGCUUGUCGCUGUUCGUGACCCGUUUGGGUUUAGACCUUUAGUGAUGGGUAGGAGAAGCAACGGAGCUGUUGUGUUCGCUUCCGAGACUUGUGCUCUUGAUUUGAUUGAAGCGACUUACGAAAGAGAGGUUUAUCCUGGUGAGGUUUUAGUUGUGGAUAAAGACGGUGUCAAGUCUCAGUGUUUGAUGCCUUCUGGUGAGUCAAAGCAAUGCAUUUUCGAACACAUUUACUUCUCGUUACCGAACUCGAUUGUGUUUGGUCGUUCCGUGUACGAAUCUAGGCAUGUCUUUGGGGAGAUUUUGGCUGCAGAGUCGCCUGUUGAUUGCGACGUUGUGAUUGCUGUGCCUGACUCUGGUGUUGUGGCUGCUCUUGGUUACGCUGCUAAGUCUGGUGUUGCGUUUCAACAGGGACUGAUUAGGUCUCAUUAUGUUGGGAGGACAUUCAUCGAGCCGUCACAGAAGAUUAGAGAUUUUGGAGUGAAGCUGAAGCUAUCUCCUGUUCGUGGUGUUUUGGAAGGGAAGAGAGUUGUUGUGGUUGAUGAUUCGAUCGUGAGAGGCACGACGUCUUCUAAGAUUGUGAGGUUAUUGAGAGAAGCUGGUGCUAAAGAGGUUCAUAUGAGGAUCGCUAGUCCUCCUAUUGUAGCUUCUUGUUACUAUGGAGUGGAUACGCCUAGCUCUGAGGAGUUGAUAUCCAACAGGCUAAGUGUUGAGGAGAUUAGAGAUUUUAUAGGGAGCGACUCGCUUGCGUUUCUGUCGUUUGAUACCUUGAAGAAACACUUAGGAGAAGACUCUAAGAGCUUUUGCUAUGCGUGCUUCACGGGUGAUUAUCCUGUGAAGCCUGCAGAGGUUAAGGUGAAACGAGGAGGAGGAGAUUUCAUUGAUGAUGGUCUUGUUGGAAGCUUUGACAAUAUCGAAGCAGGUUGGGUUCGAUAGCCAAAAGAGACCUGCAAGGAUCCUAUACUCACGUUAGAAAGUCUUUUAUGUUUGCAUUUUGUUGAGGAUGUUUUUGUUUGAAUCUCGAAAGAUUUUGUUCUUUAAACUUAUGUUUUUAUUUUCGGUUCUUGAGUUUAAUUGAUGGAAUGAAUCUUUCACUUA